UCCAACAGCCAUUUUUGUAAAACACAAACAACAAGACGACCGAGCGAGACAGAAACAUUGCGACCGUUGCAGAUACGGGAAAAUAGAUAUUCAAUUAAACAUCGAAACUCACACAAGACAAGUGAUCAAAACGGAGACAUACCAGUUGAAACCACCGGUUACUGCGAAGCACGAACGUGCAGAAGGAGUGAGUUCUUUAAAGAAGACCCAACUCCGGAGAAAACAGUGGCUGGCUAGUUUAGCCUAGCUGGCCAGCAGCAGGUUUGCAGAAAAGGUGUGAGAAGUUGGGAGCUGAAGGCUUGCAUAUGUAAAAAUAAUUCAUAAAAAUACAGAAUAUAAAUAAAAGAGAUCAAGAUUAGAGAGGAGAGUUACCCAGCAAUAGUUAGUUACAGCAUUACAAACUGCCCUGAAAGUUUUUGUCCAACAGCAGUUGCUGUUUAUGCUGCCACAAAUUCUUAAUUGGUGUAUUUUUCCUCUGUAAAGUGUUUUCAAUUUGCUGAAUCUUUUUUAAAGAUCUAUAGUUACUGGCACAUUAGGGUGUGUGCCAUCUUUUGGAGCUCUUAUAUCUCGCUAGAUAUUCAUCAGCCUUUAUCUACCUAAAACUGGCAGCUAUAAUAAUAUUAAUACAGAGUUUAGAAUUACCAAGUCCACCUCAGCGCACAGAACCGCAGCAUUCCUGUCCCCCCGUUUAUCCUGCUCCUGUACAGUCCUGUUCUUUGGACGUGAACCCUUGAGCCCUCUGGACACACAGAAUAUGACUGCUGAGACACUUAACUUCGGUCCAGAAUGGCUCCGUGCACUAUCAAGAGGGGGGAGUGUGACGUCCCCUCCCGCUUCCCCUGCAAUGCCAAAGUCCAAGUUGGCCGACUACCGCUAUGGCCGCGAGGAGAUGUUAGCACUUUAUGUCAAAGAUAACAAGAUCCCUGAGGACAUGCAGGAUAAGGAGUUUGCUGCUAUCCUGCAGGAUGAGUCUCAGCAGCCAUUGGCCUUGGUUCCCCUGACUGAGGAGGAACAGAGAAACUUCUCGAUGUCUGUGAACAGUGUGGCUGUGCUAAGGCUUAUGGGUAAAGGAGGCGGCGCUGUACCAACAGGUGUAGCUAGAGGGCGUGGAAGCACUCGAGGAGGUCGAGGGAGAGGCAGAGGAGAAGGUGGAUUCUACCAAAGAAGUGUGGAUGAAGAGGUUGGGUUUGGCCGAGGACGAGAGAUGCACCGCAGCCAGAGCUGGGAUGACAGAGGUGAGCGGCGCUUCGAGAAGCCCUUGAGGCGUGAAGGUGGGCGUGGUGGAUUUGAGGAGGGCGGAGCAGUAAGCAGGAAGGACUAUACGCGCUCAGACAGCGAUAACUGGCGGACGCUCAGAGAGGAGGCGGAGGAAGAUGAUGGGACAGAUCCUGGGGGAAGCUGGAGGAUUGCCGGAUGUCGUCGUGAAGACGGGGGUCCUCGUUCCGCAGGUUGGCGGGAUCAUGCCAGUGGGGACGGCCGUCGUAGGAAGUUUGACUUUGACUUCCGAGAUGGAGAAGGUGGACGGAGAAGGGCUGGAAGUGAGGGAGGAGAGGAAGAUCGAGAUGGCCUGCCUGAAUGGUGCACUGAUGAAGAAGAGGGGGAGAUGGGAACCUUUGAUUCUUCUGGGGCCUUCAUGUGCAUCAAGAAAAACUCCAGAGAUGCAAUCCCCGAAGACCAGGAACUGGAAUUUGAGGCUCUGGAGGAGGAAGAGGAGAGUAGUCAGGAGAAGGCAGACAGCCCUGCUGAUAAACCUGAAGAGUGUGAGGCAACAGCUGUGUGGGAUGGCGACAGGAAGCCAUCAUCAUCAUCUCCUCAUGCUGUGUCUGCUCCUGCUCCUGUGCACCCUCCAGAGCAAGAGACUCCCAAACCCAUAGCUCCUCCUCCCUUCAAACCUGCACCCCAGCCAGCCAAAGAUGCAGCUUUAGUUGGCACCACACCUCAGAUGAAGAGCUCCUUUCCUCCCUCAAACACUGGUACUGACCGUCCAACAGUUGGCGGAGACACCGAGGAGGAAGAUGGCAUGAAGCACCUUCAGCAGGAGGCUGAGAAGAUGGUGGCGUCUCUGCAAGACACGUCCCUCGAAGAAGAAUGUUUCACUCAAGCUCUGCAGGAGAGCCACAUCAACGUGGCACACACUCACAAUCACCCGAAUUCCCACACACACUCUCACUCAACCCCGCACACUCUCCCGCACUCCGCUAGCGCUCUGCCCCUUUCCCACGAAUCCGCAAUGAAGUGGUUCUACAAAGACCCCCAAGGGGAGAUUCAAGGUCCAUUCACUACAGUGGAGAUGUGUGAGUGGUAUCAAGCGGGGUAUUUCGCCAUUAACCUGCUAGUCAAACGUGGCUGUGAUGAGGGAUUUCAGCCCUUGGGCGAGGUUAUCAAGAUGUGGGGACGUGUGCCUUUCUCUCCUGGCCCCUCCCCUCCUCCGCUUCUGGGGAACAUGGACCAGGAGCUGUUAAAGAAACAAUUAGAACAAGCUGCCACUGCAGCCCUGUACCAACAACUUCAGAUGAGAUUUCAGCACAUAAACCGGUGUGGGGAGACUGGGAUGCCUGCGAUGAACAGGUCCAUGUCAGUGCCAGAUACCGGGCCCUUGUGGGACAUGCCUACCUCAGUCUCUCAGCAGUCAGGCGGUGAGACCAGUCUGUGGGACUUAACCAUGAGUAGCUCCACUCAGGGUCCAACUCUUGAACAUUUGCAGAAAAUCCAGCAGGAGAGGCGUGAAGCUGAACUCAGGGUGAAGCGUGAAGAAGAGGAGAGGAAACGGAGGGAGGAAAAGCGCCGGCAGCAGGAGGAACAGAAGAGGAGAGAGGAGGAGGAUCUUUAUAGACGAAAACAGCAGUGCCGUCAGCAGCAGGAGUUGAUCAUGAAGUUUCUGCAGCAGAGCCAGCAGCAGAGCAUGUCAGGGGGUACAGGGUGGAGUGGAAGCCAGGCAGGAGCUCUCUCUCUAGGCAAAGCUUCAGGAAAGAGCAUGGGACUCCUGGAGUUGGAGGCAGAAAGAUUUCUAAAACAACAGCAGCAGCAGCAGAGAGCACAGCAAAGGCAUGGAGGCUUGACUAUGGGUCAGUGGAGUGAUGGGCCAGCUGGGAUGUGGUCAGGAUCUAGUAUGGAAGGGAAGGUUGGAGGUGGAAACCCUGCUAUGGGCAUGUGGGAUGAGGCCAUGAAGAACCAGGCCAGCCAUCGCAACAUUGGCCUAAAGAACAGCCGCAGCAGUCCCUCUCUCGGUGAUCAGUACUUGCUGAAUCGGCGUAAGCGUACUGAUGACGAGGAAAGGCUUCUGAAGCUUCUUCAAGGGAUGAAACCUCAGGACGGUUUCACCACUUGGUGUGAACAGAUGCUUCAUGCUCUCAACAGUUCUGCAAAUAACUCCUCUUCACUAGAUGUGCCCACCAUUGUGGCGUAUCUGAAGGAAGUAGAGUCUCCGUAUGAAGUUAAUGACUUUAUCCGCAUUUAUCUCGGCGAUACCAUUGAAGCCAAAGAGUUUGCCAAGCAGUUCCUGGAGCGCCGUGCCAAACAGAAAGCAAACCACCAGAGACAACAGCAGCAGCUAUCCAAGGAAGUCUCUGGAUUGAACAUGAACUUCCCCCUGCAGUCAAUGUUCCAGGCAGCUCACAUGAGCAAGGGCAGCAGUGUGUUUGACACUCAGGGAGGAAAAGCAAAGAAAAAGCCUAGCAUGAUGCUCCACACUGACCCCAGUAUCCUCGGCUACUCAUUCCUGGGGGGAGGUGAGCUGGAGCAGGUGGAGGAUUACUGACCCAACCCGUCUACUUGAGUUUACCUGAGGCCUUAAACCUGGAGCAAAUCAGCAGAGGAAUGUGCACUGCUCAGUGAGGGAAGGGGUGGGGCAAUAUUUGUUCACGCCCCCUCUCUUUCUCCCUCCUUCUCUCACUCUGCACUGUGAGAGGAGCAGAAGGAGGUUCGUGUGAAGAGGAGUUCUUCUUCCGCAUCCCUUCAGUAAAGCACCUUACCUAAACCAUUGCACUUUAAUGUUUUCAUAUUUGAAAUGGAGUUUUUGUCCUUUUUUUACAAUGCAAAAUGUGUGAAUAUAUUGUUGCAUAUAUUAUGUGUUGAAUAUUUGUAUGAGUACACAUACGAGAGGUAGGAACGGAGUGGGUUCCGCCGUAUCGAACACGGAGGUUGAGAAACGUUCUUUGGGGAGAUUAGUCGAGCGUCUCUCCUAACAGACAAACACUGUUGUAUUUUUUAUGUUCUUGGUAAAGCUAUAGAAAUAUGAAUUUGAAAACUUGAAGAUUUGCACUUGUUUAACAAAAAAAAACAAAAAAGAUAAAAAAACAAAAAACGUAGGAUAGGUUAUGAGGAUUUCUGUGUGUGCGUAAGAGAUGAAGUCUGCACAAAUUUUAUUGCUUACCUGUAUAAAACAAAUGCCAUGCUUUUAUUUUGUUCAACACAAUUUUUGUAUUUCAUUGAGCGUGUGUGCUAAAGUGUGUGUGUGAAUGGGCAGAAGAAGUUAGUGUUUGUACAUAGGCUCUUAAAGAGACCGAUAGGACAGUCAAGCAUUGCGUUUUUACCCUUCAGUGUUUCAAAGCGUGACUGAGGUGCUGUUUGGCCCGUUUGCCUCUGUUCUAAGAGGGCAACCGGGGUUUGUUUUGUGUUUAAAUGUAGCUCCUCUGUUGUCUGUCCACAAAAUACACUUACAUUUCAUCUCUUCCCCUAUCACUCAUUCUCUGUCCACGAUGUGAACUAUUGCCUUCUGUCCAGAAAGCGUGUGUGUGGAUUCUGUUGGCUGGUGUUCUGAGACAGUCAUGAGGGCGCUGUGAUCCUGUAUGUCAGUUGUUACUUUUUCUUUGCUGUUGAAAAAGGAUGAAUGAAUUAUUUUUUUAUUGUUCUAUACAAAGUAUUCAAACUUUAUCAGUUGGAGCACUUUCUAGGCUGCUACCUUGUAUUUUUGAAUAAUGUUUUUAUUUGUUAGGUUUUUUUUGUUAGUUUUUUUGCGUCAUGAGGAUGUUGUAUUAUGAAUGAAUGUAUUCCAAAAGAAACUAUGUAUAACAGCGUGUCUAUAACAAGGCUUGAGUGUCUCGAGCGAAAUGGGACACGCCUCACCAUUCGGAAUAUGCCUGUUAUCUGAGCGCAUGGCCCUCACUGAGCUUACGGUCUCCGGCUGGUGCUCUUCCAGAACUUUCACGUCACCCGGAGAUUGAGUUUGUCUCCCAACAUCUUGAUGGAACUGUUGUUUUUCCAUCUUGUUACUUGCGCUCUCGAUACAGGGCCAUUGAGAGCCAAGGAUCCACAGUGUGUAGCAGUAUUUUCUUUUUUUUUACUUUGAAAGACAUCUAUUUCCCCCAAUACAUUGGUUUUGGGAUCGAAAUAUGUGACGUUUUGCAUCAAAUGUUCAUUCACCUGGAUAGGAAGAGACUGAGGAUCAGAACGAAGGGACAUCGUGGUACUUGAUCUGUAGAAAAGAAAAGAUUCCUGCUUUAAACGUAUUUCACUCUUUAUUCUGACUGGAAUAUAUUUUUGUAAAAAAAAGUCAAAGACUAAAAACAAGCACGGAGAGGAUAUCAGCACUAUCUCAAAUGCCAUCCUGGAGUGUGGAAAAGAGUGGCAACCAGCUGCAUUUAGUGCUACACACGGAGAGACAGAGGGAGUACGUGUGGAUCUUUUUCAUCCACACCAAAGCGAUGGAGUUUUCUGCAUCCUUUGUGCUGCAAUCCCCACUGCUCUCUUGCAACACUAUCAAAUGAAGGAGAGUCCUAUAGCAUUUGAAAAAAAGUGUUCAUUUUGAAUGUUUGAUUUGAAAAACCCUUUAUGCCUUUUUGAGAAGAUUACUGUGUGGAGAAACCGCAGAUUCUCACGUCUAUCAAUCAUUUCUUCAAAAACUCCCUUCCCUGCUGAGGGUUGAGGAGUCUAGAUGUGAUGAAUGUUUGGAGAGGAGGAGAUGGACGGACACAAACUCCCCUCGUUUUUUCACUUGAACUAAACCUCAAGGACACAGACCUGUCAUGAUUGUCUGUUAUACAAUGAGAAAUUGGGACUAUUACAGAAAUUGUUGACAUGAAAGGAGUUCAUGGAUGUAAGUUGAAACAACCGAACUGCAGCGAAGCAGUUCUUCAAGGAUGGACGUAACCCUGCUUGGACCGUCACAUGCACCAGAACAUAUCUUCUGAUGUCGUCAAACUGGAUUGAGCAAGAGACCACCACUUUCUCUUCUCUUGUUUUUCGCUUCCUCUCUCUUUCAAGAAAGAGACGUAAAAUGGGAGCCACAGACAGACUAGGUGCGUGGAGAGACUUUGUAUGUGUCUGUAGAAAGACGCUCUUACAUUCUCCCGUCUUGCUCGCGAGAGAUGUGGACUGGGUGCGCUGUAAAUAAUGUAAAUGAUUUUGGUCCUGGUUUGAGUUCUGUCCAUCUUAGGCCAUCAUUUUGGGUGUUUCACAUGCCUUAAUUGUACAAAAUAGAACUGCCCUGCUUGAAAUUUAAUGUAACGCUUAUUAGAAUAACAGCACAGGCUGUAUGUACACCAUUCGGUCAUCUAAAGGAGUCGGAGCCUGGCUGAGGAUGUUUCCCCUACAUUGACUUUACUCAUCAUACCAGGCUGUGGGAUGUUUCCACAGUGUUUCUAUGUAUUGUUGGUAUGUUAAUGUUCAAGUAAUUAACUGCAACUAUUGACAUGUAUAGAUAAAGGUUGAUGAUGAAUAUUGGCACAUACUGAAUAUAAAAAAAGAAUUGUAAAAGUUAAAAAAAGAGGUUUGCCUUCCUCUAUCAAUUCAUCAUUUAAUUUUUUUGAGUUUUAAAUAAGGUGAGUAUGUACAGAAUAUGGGGCUUAGGUUUUCUUUGAAAAGAUCAAAAUAUGUUAAAUCGAAAAUAAAAAAAAUGUAAAUAUUGA